AUUGAGGUGUUUUGCCGUGAAUUGGAGAGGAAUUUUCGUGAUUUGGGUGUGAUUUUGUGUGCAAAACCCGCGAGAAAUGUCACAAAGCAUCGCCCUAGAGUCCGUGAUAUGCGGCGUUGGUCACGAAAUGGUGAAAAACGAUGCGGAUAUGGCGGGUUACGGGGGCAAAAGCGAGGCUCCAUCGCAGGGCCACGAGCGCCCGGACAAGGCCACCAGUGGUAGGCUUCGGAGGGUGUUCUCGUUGUCUGGUCAACGGAAAUCCUUGCGCGUAGCCAUGCGGAAGUUCCCCCUGAUUGGUGGACAGCACCCAGCCACGUCGGACGAUGUGGAGAAGUGUCCGGACGUGGGCGAGAGGGAACCAUCUGGCGACAAGCGGAAGCUCUUCCGGACGUCUUCGGUGCGGAAAUUCAUCUCUCGAAUUGCUCAGCAGAUCACCUCAUUGAACAUCGCUGGGGUGAAACCCAGCGUGGGCGAUCGUGUUCCGCCCCUCGGUGGCUACCAGUGGCCUCCGGACCAGACGCCAGGCGUCACGGGGCUGAAGAACCAUGGCAACACAUGCUUCAUGAAUGCCGUUCUCCAAUGCCUCAGCCACACUGAUCUGCUGGCUGAGUAUUUCGUGCUGGAUCAGUACAAGGUGGACUUAAAGCGCCGCAAUAAGAUCAAUUCACGAAAGUUCGGUACCAAAGGUGAACUCACCGAGCAAUUGGCACUCAUUCUGAAGGCCCUGUGGACGUGUCGAUACAGUCCUCAUCACAGCACCAGCUUCAAGGCGGCCGUCGAUCGUCAUGGAUCGCAAUUUCGCAGUUCAACGCAACAUGAUGCCCAGGAGUUCCUCUUUUGGCUGCUGGACAAAGUGCACGAGGAUCUCAAUACGGCCACCAAGCGGAAAUACAAGGCCAUUAAGAACACAUAUGGGCGACCAGAUGAGAUAAUAGCCGCCGAGACGCUUGCCAAUCACAUUCGCUGCAACAAUUCCUUCGUGCAGGCCGUGUUCCAGGCUCAAUUUCGCUCCUCUCUCACAUGUCCACGAUGCCACAAGCAGAGCAACACCUUUGAUCCCUUUCACUGCAUUUCCGUGCAACUACCACAGAUUGUUCAGCAGAAUGUAAUUGUGACGGUGCUGUAUGCCACGCAGCAUCCGCGCCAGGUGAAGCUGGGUCUGGGCAUUCCACCGGGAUCACCCUUCGUGACACUGCGUGAGCAAUUGCAUCUGGACACGGGCAUUGCGUCGGAACGAAUGGUAUUGAUGGAAAUCAACGAGCAAGGCUUCUCGCGUGUCUUCUGUGACUCCGAUCCGAUCUCUGUGGUGGCGGACAGCGACAUGGUGUACUGUAUUGAGAUGCCAGAGGCGUCGGCAGCGGAGGAGAAGGAUGUCACGGUGUUGCUGUGUGCAGUGAAUGGCACAAGGAAGGCGGAUCAGAAGGAGGCGCAGCGCUUUGGAGCGCCUAUGUGUGUACGCGUGAAGAGAGAUAUCACGCACGUGGAGCUGCAGCGAGCGCUAAUUCGCGAGAUGCAGCCAGUACUGAAGGAUGGCAAUAUUGAGGGAGUGUUUAGGAUUCGCCUGCAGGAUCCUCUUGUGGAUCCAGACACGUACUUGGAGUCCACUGUGGAGCACCCACUGUUCACGGAGAACAUUGAACUGAUGCUGUCCGUGGUGCCGCCAGACACGGGUCCGGCCAAUGUGAGGCUGAUGCUGGAGUGGGAGACGCCAGAGGAACACUUCAGCGACAUGACGGAUCCGAUUGUGGAGCACGCGAGUGUUGCGCAAGUGAAAGAGAGAUCAUCGGAGUGUGCAAUGCUGACGCUGGAGCAGUGCCUCGAUCACUACACAAAAGCAGAGACGCUGAGUGCUGAGGAUGCCUGGCGAUGCCCUCACUGUCAAAAGUACUUGCCGGUGGUGAAGACGCUGGGCUUGUGGUCCUUGCCUGAUAUCCUUGUGAUUCACUUCAAAAGAUUCCGCCAGCAGCAGCUGAGAGAGCCACAAGCUGCCAAGCUGACUACUAUGGUGAAGUUCCCACUGAAUGGCUUUGAUAUGUCACCACAUCUGGCGAGAUCGCCCACCGAGAGUGGUUCCCUGGAUCCCAAUGACGGCGACAACUGGAGUCCGUGGAAGCUGAUGAAGCGCCGCGAUCAGAACAUCAAUGGCAGCCAAAAAGACACUAAAUACGAUCUCUAUGCUGUGUGCUAUCAUCAGGGUGAUACUCUCGAGACUGGCCACUACACGGCUGCCUGUCGGAAUCCCUACGAUCAGCAGUGGUAUAUGUUUGACGACCAGAAUGUGGCGCGUGUGAAUUCCGAGGCGAUCGAGGAGGAGAUCAUCAACAACGAGGCGUACAUAUUGUUUUAUCAGCGCAGAAAAAUCGAUCUGGCCGAGUGUUCAGGUGGCAGUUCAUCGUCAGGAGAUCACUGGGUGUCGCGCAUAACAGCCACAACGGCUCCGUCGACAGUGGCGGAGGAGAGCAAGAAGAUUGCGGAGAAAUCUGUGGAGUCUGCUGAGGUGAAGAAGCCAGUAGAAAGUGAAACUGUGAAGGAGGAGCAGAUGAAGCCACAGGAAAGUUCAGAGGAGAGCACAGUUUUGGUCACAGAGGCUGAAGUGACGGAAGAUGCUGAGAGGCAGGAAAUGGAUACUGUCCAGGAAGAGGCUAAGGACAUUGAGGAAAAGCCACUGGAGGAGCAGAAAGAGUCACCAGUACAGGAGGAUAGUGCUGCUGUGAAGAAGGAAGACUCCGUGGAGAGUUUGAAAGGUCUGGACGAUCCUGAUGUUGGCCUGGUGAAGGAGGAUGAGGAGAAAUUUUACAAUUCAGUUCCUGAGUCUCGAAUCAACUGGCUGAAAGCCUUCGAUGAUAAUUACGAGAGGCGGCGGAGCCUCAGUUCGACUGGAUUCCUCUCAUCGGCUGCCAAAUGUGACUCCCUGCGCAGGAGCACGGGUCCCUGCAGCAAGGACACACUUCUCUACAUUGAUCAACAGAGUCAUCCCGCCCUGGAAGACGAGGGCGCCAUCCUGGCCACCUCUCAUUCUCUCUGGAUCACCCCAGUCGCAUCCCACAAGCUCAUCAGCGUCUCCCCGAAGAACUAAGAGAUAAGGGUAAGCAAAUGUGUUUGUUCCCGAUAUGUUUAUUUCUCUAGCAUUACCAUUUUCUGCAUUAUUACUGGGAUAAAGAAGAAGAAGAAAAAAAAAUAGGGGGAUAAAAAGUGCGUGUAGAUGUUUCAUUGGAUGGGAAAAAAUUGCGUACUCCAUUGAUGGGUAUUAUUUUGAGAAACUUGAAGAAAAAAACAUAGAUGUUACAAUUGAAUGCAUAACUUGCACAGUAAUU